CGUUGAAUGCGUAACUGAACGAAUCUUUCUUAAUUUGUUUCCUUUUUGUGUCAGCGGCCGUUAUUCUUCACAAGCGAGACUCCGAGCCUGACGACUGACUUCUUCUCUGAAAUAUCCACACAACAAACGGAUGAUCUUAUUUAAUAUAAUUUGUCAUUUCAGUCAGAAGCAUUCGCGCGUCGAAAUACACUUCGGAUACGUCUGCACUCGCUUAUUCGGAACGAUAAAAAGCCAAUCACUUCUUCUCCUGUGUCAAGACUAUAAAAAAGCCGACGAGUGACAGCUUAAACAUAACAUUUCGUGAAUGGAAAUGGAAAGAAUCCCAUUAGCGUUUAAAAUUAUCAGAAAGUACUUUAGGUCGCAUGAGCUUCACUUAAAAAUGUGCGUAAAUCACGCAAUCGAGCAUAAUUAGCUGGCGGGGAUUCGGUAAAAGCAUGGGUCGCUGAUGUUUACUUUCUAAAAGGCGCUGUCGAGGUCUGGGAGGUGCUGAAAUCUACUCGAGCUCUGUUCCGCAUGAUUGGCACGCUUGACAGUGAUUGACAGGCGUCGGUGGAAACUAGCCUACGCAACCAAUCUGCCAAAUCCAAUAGAAAAACAGAAGCAGGCAGCACGUCUUUUCCCUCCUCAAAAGACAUCUUCAUUCUUGUGCUGUAAUCUCGCGCCCUCGAACACUCGGUGUCUCCAACCAGAGGCAGCCUCAGACCGAUAGAGCGACAUCUCCAUUUCUCUGCAUCGUCUACGUUCAUCUGCUGACUCUGGGAUUGCCUUUUUGUCUGGAUUUGACUGGGGGAGACAGAUAAAAGCCACAUAAAGCACGAAACUGUGCAUGAGGUAGAGAGGACUCAGAGGGGGAAACAGAAGCCUUCAUGUUUCAGUUGCCAAUCUUGAAUUUCAGUCCCCAGCAGGUAGCGGGGGUAUGCGAGACUUUGGAAGAGAGCGGAGACAUCGAGCGUCUCGGCCGAUUCCUGUGGUCGCUGCCAGUCGCACCCGCUGCCUGCGAGGUGCUCAACAGAAAUGAGUCUGUGCUAAGGGCUCGGGCUAUUGUAGCCUUUCACACUGGGAACUUCCGUGAGCUUUACCACAUUCUGGAGAACCACAAGUUCACCAAAGAGUCCCAUUCCAAAUUGCAAGCACUUUGGCUGGAGUCACACUACCAGGAGGCAGAGAAGCUCCGAGGUCGCCCGCUGGGGCCAGUGGACAAAUACCGGGUACGGAAGAAGUUCCCUCUGCCUAAAACAAUUUGGGACGGUGAACAAAAGACGCACUGCUUUAAAGAAAGGACCCGGCAUUUACUUCGAGAAUGGUACCUCCAGGAUCCUUAUCCGAACCCAAGUAAAAAGAGAGAGCUUGCACAAGCUACAGGACUCACUCCCACUCAAGUGGGGAAUUGGUUUAAAAAUCGAAGACAAAGGGACAGAGCUGCGGCCGCUAAAAACAGGUUACAACAGCAGGUGUUGUCUAACGGCUCGGUUCGGUCCCUAACUGGAGAGGAUGGUGCUGUAGACCGACUGGGGAACGCUUCGAGCCCCGAAGCGAGCCUGUCGAGCAAAGCCGCUGCAUCGGCCAUCUCCAUCACUUCAAGUGACAGCGAAUGUGACAUCUAACAUCGCACCGAACCGGCCCGCGGGGCUAUACGGGAAGACUAUGAGAAAAUUAACACAUACGAAGGAAAUCGAGACAGACAAUCAGCAAGAUAAACAAGCACAUUGGUGCCUGCCUUAACGUAUCAGAGGCCGUGUUUUUAUUUUGUUUUAUUUUUUAUUUGGAGGCUGUUACAUCAGCCCGGAAUCGUGGGAUUCAUGGAAUGCUUUAUAUUUUAAAAUGUAGGCUAUUUAUCUUUUUGUGAGCGCAAAGUGGGGCAACCGAGAAAAAAAAAUACUAUCUGUAUUAACAACUUUUGUAAACAGAUUGCCUCAAGCAAAUGGGUGCCCAAAUGAUAUUCACACUUUUUGUUAAUUUUGAAAAGGACUUCAUGGUGAAACAUUUUACCUCCCAGGUUUUCUAAGGUGUUUACGCAUUAAAUUGUUGCUCUUAUAGAAUCAGAUUUUUAUUUGCUUGGUCAUUUCAGUCUGGUAAGUUUCGGUGUUAAACGAUCUACUUUUAGAGCAUGUGCGCCGAUAGUGAAUUAAAGACUUAACGCUAAUAAAAUUUUGAUGCUCAAAGUAACCAUACAGACUUAUUCUCGUCAAUUACCAAUAAACUAAACCAAAGUCAUGUUUAUUUCCGAUAAGCUAACCAUUUUGUUGUAAGCUAUUUUUUUUAUAUCAAUGAUUAUAAUUAUUGUUAAUAUUAUUUAGUUAUUAUAGGCUAAAUUGUGAGUUUUUUUUUUUUAAUUGCCUUUUUUAGGCUGCCCGGGUAUCCUAUUUUGUUAGCCUUAAUAGCAUUAGCAUAUGUGAAUGCAUUGUGUCUGUAUUCACCCUUCAUUUAGGCAGACAAACCACUUGAACUUUUCCUCUGUAUUUCUGGUAUAAAAUGGUGUGAGGUUCACGCAUAGCCAGUAAUCGGUAAAUGUAGAUAGUGGUGUGUUUAACCUGAUAGCUUACCGCGUGUCCAGACGCGUUAACCGCCCCGUGAGGUUGGCCUUACCGGCCAGUAAUGCUUUCUGACAGCAGAAGGUCAACGAGAGGGCGAGCGCAUUGGUUUCAAGACGAGCAAGAGAGGAAAAACAUCCAAAACUUUGAAAAAUGCAUAAGCCAAUGCUAUAAUUUAUUGACUAAUUUAUUUAUUAAUGUGUGCUUUAAUUGCUUUCAGAAAUACUUUUGCUUCGUUUUUUUUUCAAGGUCAAGUCAAAACACCAAACCCAUAUGAAUUGAAACAUCUAAAAUUAUUUUAUGUCCAUUUUAUGAUUAUUAUUAUAAUGAAUUACUCACCUUGUGUUUUUGUCAUUGUUUAGCCUAUUGUUUUUAUUUAUUUAUUUUUAUUUAUUUUUUGUAUCACGGUUAGCCUAAAUUCUUUUAAUAUCACUUUUGUCCGGGGAAGGAAGGGCAACUCGUAUGUUUAAAGUCUGUUAACAAUGCUUCGGUAAAAAAUUGCUAUUGAAGGAAAAAAGAGCCAUAGAUGUGGUAGGGGAAAGGAGAGCACGCUAUUGAUUGUGGAAGAGAACCAAAGCGGAAAGAUUAGGUGAAAAGAGUGUUUCUGACAGUCAAUAAGGUUGUCAAACUCUUCAGCGUUAAUCAGCAGUAAUGACCAGUUCUCAACCCCACUGGAACAAUAGUGAGCUCUUCAAAGCUCUGUGGGGCUAAGGGGGUGCUUUCUCCCCCACGUGCUCCAAGAAUACCUUUUCAGUGCAUAUUUAUUACGAUAGAAGAUAUACUGUAAAUAAUGUGUGUGUAAAUAGCAUUAUGACAUUCUUCAUAUCAUUAGCAGAUACAAGUACACCACUGACAAGUUAUCAUUUUUUUAGAUAAACAUGGCUAAUUAAUUUUUAACAAGAAUAUUAGGUAUAGUUGGCUCGCAUGAGAUUUGCAUUUUCUAAAUAUCAAUAUUAAAACUGAGCAGGGACUUGCAUUCACUGAAACUAAAUGAGGUCUUUGAGGCUAAAAUGAGUAGCAUUCCGAAUUCCUAGGUGUUUAACAAUUGCCUUGGGUCUUUGUGAACAUGACACAAAUUUGUCGUGCUCAAGGCCAGAGCACAUGCAAUUAUAAGCCUAUAGGCUUUUAAAAUUAUGUUUGGAACAGCAAAAUCUUUGAUAACAAUGCUAUCACUUUAUCCGCAUCUUAUUCCGUCUUAAAAUUAUCGUUGCAAGUCUCCAAACAAUGGACAACCAGUACUAAAAUGUCUUAAUGAAGCUGAUGUGAUGCAUCAAAGCAAGCACCCCUUGUAUCCUAUGGCCCGAGUAAGAUAUUAAGGAUUACAUGAGAACACACAUUUAAACUGAUGGUCCAACAGAUGGCACAGUGGGUAGCUACAAGACUUUCACACACAAAAAAAUUAAUUUAAAAUAAAUAAAUAAAUAAUAAAAAUAAUAAUAAUAAAGGCAAGGAGGUGUAAUAAAUACAUAAAAUGUGCUCUAUUUGUUUCUGUAUGCUGCCUUUAUGUACCGAUCCUCUUUCAAACUUUCAAACAAUUGUCCAAAUUCUUUGUGAGAUGUUGGAGGACUGUAUUGUACAGUCCAGUAAUUUCUUUAUUGUAAU